UACAAUCCCAAGCCCUUAAACUUCCUUCUAUAAAUUCCCAACCUAGUGCACCUCCUUUCUCUUCACAGGGUUUUCUUUUCUCUGCGAGGUUUGCUAGACCUCGCAGAAACAAGAAAACCCGCUUUCAUCCAUCCUCUGUGAUCAUAAUUCAUUUGAUACUAGUUGUUGUUUUUGUUGUUGUUGGGUGUGGUUCACGAUGGAGGUACAUUCUCCUGUGAACUCAGUUUUAGGCAAGAGGCUAAGGAAUUUCUUGAGGAUCACUUUCUUUAUGAUGAGGAAGGGACUGAUCUCCAAGAGGAAGCUGAUCAUGGACAUGAAUUUGAUGAUGAAGAGGGGGAAGCUCCUCAGGAAAACAUGGGGUAAUCUCAUGUCCAUUCAUCACCAUUCUAGAAGUAUGGCUCGUGGUAGCUUGGGCAUACAGGAAUACGAGUUCUCGUGCAGCAACAGCCCCAAUCCUGUUUUUUUCCACUUGCCAAAACGCAAACACCAUUACUUCCCCUGCAUCAACCCCCCUGAAGAUAUUGAAGAACCCCAAGACGAUAAAGCAGUUGUUUUAUUGCCUAAGACUCCUGAGUACACAGUUAACUUUCCAUUUGACACCUCUGAUUUGGCUCCAGCUGACAGGCCAAGCCCACUCCCCUCACCCUUCUCUGUUAGGGUCUCCAAUUAUUCAUCAGAAGAGGAAAUGGAUGUUGGUGGAAACAGGCAAGUUGAUGAUGAAGCUGAGGAAUUCAUCAGAAGGUUUUAUGAGCAACUGAGGGCUCAGAGCCGCAUUCAACUGCUGCAGUCACAGGAGAUGCUUGCUGGUGGAACUCCUUAGUCUAUUUGACGAUCCCCACCACCACCAUCCUCUUCAAAUAAACUAUCCUUGUUGCCAGCAUUAUUGGAUUAUGCACACCCACCUUGAAAAUCUUCCAUUAUUUUACAUAGGAAGAUUGAUUCUGGUUAUUGGUUAUUGCUUCAUCAUGCCUCUGCUCUAUCCAUAUUGUAUGAUUCUUUCAGCCCUUUUUCCUUACUGGUUUUAUGCCUCAAUAUCUAUGUUUGUGUUAUUGGUGUAAAGAAUUUCUUAACGGAUAUGUGAUGAAUGUAAUGGAUAAAAGUUUUGUAACGUUGGGCUGUCUUUUCUCCCUUUUUUUUUUCA